AUGCCCUCCCCGCCUACUUUUCUUGCUUGGGCCAUACUUUCAUGCCUCCUUGGGGCAUUUCUAUUCUUUCACUUGUGGAAAUUCGAUCGCUUCAAGUGUUUGCGAUGGGAAAAUGGCCCUCAUUCGGGUGCAUUCAAGCGUGUCAUGACAUACACAUAUCUACUCAGUGUUCCCCUCAUUAUUAUUUAUUCUGUCGGCUUUUGCGUCCUCAGCUACGAUGUGGGCUAUGCUGAUAUUCCUGGGAUCGGAGUCGUUCCAAUACCGUUCGAAUUCUGGCUACCCAAAUAUCAUCGCGCAAUUUUCCCUUUGAACAUUGUCUUCUCUUUUUCAUGGGGCCUUGAGAUGGUGACACACCUUGAAGAGCUAUGCUUUUGGCUCUUCCUCGUGAAUGCCGGUAAAGUGCAGCAGGAUUGGUUCCGUACUUUCUAUUUCAAGAUCUGGGCGGUGGGAUCGAUACUUGCUUUUGCAUACAUGCCCAUUGUUACCAUCGUCACUCGGUCCAAUGCUGACACUAAUACAGCGGCUACGUUCACGGCCGGCAGCAUCGGAGACCUGACUCUCACUGUCUGUUUUAUGCCUGUUUUAUUCCAGUUCCCGGGCUUCUUAAGGAAUUUGAAAUCAGAAGGCGUGGAUAUUAAUACCAUUGUCCGUCUCACGACGUUCCAUGAGCUUAACCGGAUUCGUGUAGUCUUCCGGUUCCUGUUCUUCGCACCCCUUCUGAUUUUGGGUGUGGAUGGGCUCACUGCCCGUGCGGUUGUUAACAGCAGCUUAUUCGCGUCCGAAUUUUUGGCCUUCAUGGCUGGCAUCGGAUGUAUGGUCUCAUCCGGCAUCACUCUUGUGAUAUUUUUCCCUCGAUCUGUCCAAUCCGAGGUGCAAGCGCGCAACGCCUCUCGCGAGAAAUCGCAGCAAAUGCGCACAUUCCAGUCAACACAGCAUUCUGAAUACAAUUCUUCCUACUCUCCUAGAUCCCUGUCGCCUCAGAAAAGCUCUGCGCCACCAUAUUCAUCUCACCCCGGAGGCGAGAAUCUGGUGAUCAGUAUCGAGGACUCUGCCAUGAUCAAGGCCCCUGUACUCGCCCCGGGGGAUCCGGUAACUGGUAGUCACCCAGCUGCGACGACGUUCAAGACAUUUGCGCCAAAUCGCCGUCUCGACUCGGGCGCAAAGAUUCACGGCGGUGUCAAGAUUGUUGGGCUAACAGAGGGCAACUUGGCGCAUCAUAAUCACCAGUCAUCAAAUGUUCAUCCCUUCGUACAUAAUUUUACAUCGCCUAUCGGUACGUUUGUGGGCCUUGCCUCGUUUCGCGCUGACCUGAUGCCUAUCGCUGCAUAG